AUGCAUGGCCUUCGACACAAAAAGCUUAUGGGUACUGUAGACAGCACUGGUAGGAGUGGUCCAAUACCCAGCCAGAAAGCGCAGAGACGCUUGGAUGACUACAAAGAACUAGCUGCAGACGAGAACUCUCAAGAUUUGGAUGGAAAGGCACUAUACACCAUGGGAGGUGGCAUGAAGCAUGGGCGUGUUCCAAUUGGUGAUGGUGCUGUGGAUAAGAAAACUGUUCUAGUACAUCGAAAGUCGGUGCCUUUUAAGCCAAUCAAUCCUGAUGAUUAUGAAAGGGUGCUCAAAGAAAAUGAGCAGCUGAAACAGACUAAUGAGAUACUCCUUGAUGAAAAUAGUGGCAAUCGUGCAUUGAUCAUGACAAUGUAUGCUGAUUUUGGAAAAGAACCACCUGCAGAGCUGUUGUCCUGUCUAGCAAGUAUUGAUACACGUCGUCACCAGGUUCGAAAUUUAACUAAAUAUUUGUCUGUCCAAUUCAUGUUUUGCAUAUGGAGGACAUUUCUAGGAAUUAAUAUUGUUUGGUGGCAGAAUGCCAAUAUGAGUUGCAGCAGUGAAAAGGUGGCUUCCUGUUGAUUAGAAAUGCCAGUCUUAGAUUAAUUCCAUGGUAAGGUAGCUAUGAUCAGUUUGACUUGGUUAAUUCCCCUUAGUUUUGGUUGUCAAAUACAUUAUAAUUCUUGUGCCCAUCUCCUUAAACUUCAACUCUUGUGUUCAAAUCGAUUAUAGCUGAGAUCUAUUGCUAGGCCCUUCAAUUUUAGUUGUUAUCUUUUCAUUGAUUGAUCCAACUAUUUUGAGUCAAUAGAAAAAGCAACCAUUUUCAGUCAAUAGAAAAAAACAUCUCUAUUCUAUCUAUUUUUGCUGUUUUGGACAGUGGUCCUUUAGUUGCUGCCCCUUGUUUGGCUUGGAAUUUGGCACUGCACCUGAU